AUGGAGCCCAGGGUGAUCUGCGUCUUGAUGUUGGUGUGCGUGCUGACCCUCAGCUCCCUGGCCCGGGGCGAGCUUGAGACGUGUGUGGUGGACCCCGCCAAGAGAGCAAACUGCGGCCCUCCGGGUAUCACGCCUUCCCAGUGUAAAGCUAAUGGCUGCUGUUUCGACAACACUCUUCGUGGAGUCCCGUGGUGCUUCCACCCUGUGGCCGUGGACAACACUGCCGACGGUAUGGCCAGGGAGGCCCUGUGGGGUCUGAAGGUGUAG